CCAUGCGCCAUCAAGCCGAGGAUCAACCUCAGGCCAUGUUGUGUCAUCGGCGGCUGACUUGUCUUGACUGGUCAUUACAAACCAAGUUCAUUCUAUACAGCAAGAGGAGAAAGCAAAUUGUCAUCAUAACAGCGAAGCCUCCAUAACACAAGUAAGCUAUGUCAUCCGUCAUGGAAAAGUUGGAUAAACUGAAAAAAUGUGGUGACGGUGAAAUUCAGAAAAUGAGCAACAUACCCAAAAACGAAAAGUUCGAAGUGCUGGACAUUCAGAAAAUUGACACUAUGUAUGGCGAGGCCGUAUACGUGGAGCUCCGCAUGGAAAACGACAAGCCAGUGAAAGUGUAUCUACCUGGACGCUUCAAAAAAUUGUCGGAGGAAGAGCUAGAGGAAAUGCGACUGCUUCCAAAUCUCAAAAUGGAGAAGAAAGAACGGUUUACCAAAGAUGGUAAAAAAGUCAUUUCGCCAGAUAUUAUCUUCACCAAUUCGAAGAGAAAGUGAUGAGAUAUGGUGACGUGUCACUUAUGCUCCCAGCACGAACGGCAGUAUUAUGCAACAGCAUUAGGUCUUCAGAUUCACUUGGCAAAUGUUCACAAUCUUCAAGCCCCCUGCAUUCCUUUUUGUGAGACUUUGUGCACACUGCGAAACUAUACUAAUCGGUUCGAGCUACAUUUACACGACAGGGACGUUAGCGGACAUGAUGUUACAACCUUUUUUCACGAGUACAGACAGUACAUUGCUGAUGUCUUACGACACUUUGGUUUCCCACUGCGCUAUUUUGUAUUGCUUAAAGUGGAACUUGGUCGUCACACGCCAGACGAUGAGUUACAGCUCGAAAUUAGUUUCGUGCCUUCCAAAGUAGUGACAGUAUGGUCAGAGGCAGAUGUAGAACCUUCUAUCACUCAAGUGACUGCUGAAAUAGCACAAAAUUUGGAAAACCUCGAAGUAGAAGGUUCAGGUUUUUUUCUCUUUCGCAUUCAUGCCUGUAUCAUGAACAUUGGACGUUUGAUGCCUCAACUGAUUGGAUGUGCCCAGUUUGAGUUACCGCAAGAAUUGAAGCAUAAGUUUCGUUCUCUGUUGUGUGUGGACUUUGGUUUGCAUGAAGAUGAGCAGAACAUGUGUUUUGCCUUCUCUGUAAUAGCUGCACUGCAUCCUGCUACUGGUUAUCGCAGGCGUAGGGCAUCUUCGUACAGACCAUAUAUUUCUGAGUAUGUUUUUCCGAAAACAUUCCCGGUAGCUUUCCCAAAAGAGGUUGAAGCAUUCGAAAAAAAUAAUGGUAUCAGUAUCAAUGUGUACGCCUACGAAAGGGAAGACAAAUCUCUGUACCCCAUCAAGGUUGUCGAUGACGAGCGUGAGAAACAUGUGGAUCUGUUGCUAAUCGACUCUCAUUUUCUGCUUAUCACAAAUUUUAAUGGAUUAUUUCAACCUAGCGGACGGUUUCAUUGCAAGAGGUGUAUGAUGGGCUUCUCAUCAGACAGAAUCCUCAGUGAUCAUUUAAAGAUGUGUUUGCAUCAGAAGGUUGCUAAGACAAUUUACCCUAAGAAGGGAGAGACGGUAGCAUUUGCCGGGGAACAUCUCAUGUCGGAAGUCCCUUUCUACUGUGUAUAUGAUUUUGAAAGUGUUUUGUCACCUUGUUUGGAGGAAACAAACGUGUAUGAGGAUCACUGUCCUUCCUCAUUUUGCCUUUUGGUUAUACGUGCAUCCGACUCACACGUGUUGCAAAAGCAUCUUUUCCGUGGUCCUAAUUGUGUCACAGUAUUUAUGGAGCUGCUGCGGAAAUUGCAUGACGAAAUUUUAGGAUGGAUACAUGCUUUUGCACCUCUAGAAAUGACUGAAGAGAAUGAGCGUCAACAUACAGCAGCCACUCAUUGUAAUAUCUGCAAAGAAUCCUUUGCUAAAAGACAAAAAGUUCGAGACCAUGACCAUGUAAGCGGAGAAUUUCGACAAACACUAUGUCAGACGUGUAACCUGAAACUGAGAGUGCCACCCAAGAUUCCAAUCAUUGCACAUAAUGCUAACUAUGACAUGAGUUUUCUCCUGUCUCAUUUACAUCUGCUUAAGAAGUCAGACAUCAACGUGAUUGCCACCAGCUGUCAAAAAUUUAAAGCAAUUGACAUCGGCUCUUAUCGAUUCUUGGACAGUUUGAGUUUUCUGAACGCAAGCCUUGAAACACUGGUGAAAAAUCUACGUGAUAAAGGUGAAUCCAACUUUCAAUGCCUUCGCCAGUUUUUUCCAAAUGAGGAACACUUUCAGCUGGUUGUUCGUAAGGGGGUCUUCUGUUAUAACUUUGUCACCAGUUUUGAAGCCUAUGAUGAGCCUUCGCUACCACCUCGAGAUAAGUUCUUUAACAUUUUGAAUGGAACCGAAGUAAGUGAACAAGACUACAACCACGCGCAGAAUGUGUAUGAAAAAUUUCGGCUCAAGAGUCUUGGAGAGUAUUCGGACUUAUACCUUCUGACAGACACACUGCUUUUAGCAGAUGUGUUUCAGAACUUUCGAAAGUGGACACUCGAUGUGCACAAGAUUGAACCGUUUCAUUUUGUAUCCCUUCCAGGAUUAAGCAUGUCUUGUGCACUAAAAAUGAGUCAGGUAGAACUAGAACUAAUUAACGACCCCAACGCGUACCUGCUCAUCGAGAAUGGCUUACGAGGAGGUGUCACACAGUGCUCCCUGAGAAAAGCAACUGCGAAUGUGCCAGGAACAGAACAGUUUGAUCCCGAAAAAGAAAAAAAAAUAAUUAACUACAUUGAUGUAAAUGGCCUGUAUGGAGCAGUCAUGAGAGAACCAUUGCCUUACGGAGGAUUUGAGUGGCUCACUGAGGAGGAAAUUGUUAACUUGGAUAUAGCUCAGAUACGAGAUGAUAGCCCUGUGGGUUACUUUCUUGAGGUAGACCUAGUGUAUGACCGAGCAACUCAUGAACGCCACAGAGAUCUUCCCGUUGCCCCUGAAAAAAUGUCCGUUCGUUAUGAGCUAUUGUCAGACUAUCAGAAGGCGCUCAUGAAGAAGUUCAAUCUUCCACAGAAAGCUACCGAAGCAAAACUGUUGCUAACAUUAUUUGAUAAAGAGAGGUACUUUCUCCACUAUCGCAAUUUGCAACUGUAUCUGCAAUUGGGGUUGCGUCUCACUAAAGUUCACAGGGUUCUCAAGUUCAAUCAAAAGCCCUUUCUGCGAUCCUAUGUCGACUUCAAUCACGAACUUCGGAAGCGAGCUACAAACGCAUUUGAGAAACAGCAAUCAAAGCUAAUGAUUAAUAGUGUAUAUGGCAGGACAUGUAUGCAAGUCAGGAAAUUCGUAAAUUGUCGCCUCACAGUAACAGAUGAGCAAGUGUUGAAGCUUCUACGUAAACCAAACUUGAAACAGUUCCGCCCUCUGAGCUCUCACGUCAUCUUGUUCCAAUUUAGUCAGUCUGUUCUUCGCAUGAAGCAACCGCUGUACCUGGGCUUCACAAUAUUGGAAUUGUCUAAGCUGAAGAUGUUUGAUUUUUAUCAUAACCAUCUUCUCCGUGUAGCCCCUGAUACACGACUGCUAUACAUGGACACUGAUUCUUACAUUGUGAUGCUGAGUGACGAUAAAGUACUCCACGAACUAGCUGACGAGCAUCUAGACAACUCUGGAUAUGACCCUGAUCACCCACUCUAUUCGACAAAAAACAGGAUGGUACUAGGAAAGUUUAAAAAUGAGCUUCCUCGUGAUCACAUUCUUGGCUUCUGUUGUCUGAAGCCAAAGCUGUACGCCCUCGAUCUGUGCAGCAAAAAGCAGUACAAUCGCGCUAAGGGUGUUAAACAAUGUGAAGCACAAAAACUCCACUUCUCUAUGUAUACGAAUGCUCUCGAGCAGGGCACAAUGCAUAAAGUUAAACAGAACCUCAUUGUGCACAAGGACAAUGUCAACAAAAGUGUGUCAGUGACAAAAAUAGCCCUCAAUCCACUGGAUACGAAACGCUUCAUUUGUGAUGAUGGAAUUGACACGCUACCUUUUGGCUAUGGUUGA